AUGGCCCCCAAGAAGAAGUCCACCGACAACAUCAACAGCCGUCUGGCUCUUGUCAUCAAGUCCGGAAAGGUCACCCUGGGCUACAAGUCGACCCUGAAGAGCCUUCGCUCUAACAAGGCCAAGCUUAUUAUCAUCGCCGGCAACACUCCCCCUCUCCGCAAGUCUGAGCUCGAGUACUACUCUAUGCUUUCCAAGACCCCCGUCCACCACUUCAGCGGCAACAACAUUGAGCUCGGUACUGCCUGCGGUAAGCUCUUCCGCUGCGGCACCAUGGCUAUCCUCGAUGCCGGUGACUCGGACAUCCUGGCCGACCAGCAGGCAUAA